UUUCCUUCAACCACCACCUUCUCCCUCUCCCAUUCUCUCUCCCCCCCGUCCGUCGUCGUCUGCCAUGCGUUUCUCCCUCGCCGCUCUUGCUCUUGCUCUUUUGCCCGCGGCUCUCGCGGACAUUACCAUCACCGGUCCUUCUACGAGCGAGUACUGGGUACAAGACACGACCAACAACAUCACUUGGACAUAUACCGCGGGAUCCCCCAAUCCCAUCAAUAUCAUUGUCUUUAACCAGAAUAACGCGACGCUCAACGGCAACUUCUCCAUCGCAAGCUACGUCAACGUGUCUCAGGAGACUUUCACUGUGACGAACGUCACUCUUGUCGUUGGUGACAGCUAUGGUGUUCGCUUCACGAGCCCUACCAACAUCUCUGACAUCUAUGCCACAAGCGAGCUAUUCUCUGUCCGCGCCCCUGGUACUGCCCCCGCGCCUACCAGUGCGUCCUCCAGUGCAGCAUCCGCUUCUGGGUCUGCGUCUGGAUCUGCAAGUGGUUCCGCUGCCUCCGGAACUUCUCCGUCGUCCAGUGGUUCUGCCUCUACCAAGUCCAGCGCCGCGUCACCUCGCGCAUUCGGCGUUCAAAAUGCGCAGGCCGUCUUCGGCGUGAUCGCAGCAUGCGGCGUCGCGACUCUUUCAGCGCUCCUUCUAUAGGUGCCGGGGUUUCGAGCAGGCUGGGGUUGGCUUCGUCUGUGCGCAAUACCCACGGACCAUCGCGCAGCGCCUUUAUCCUCUCGUUUUGUUGUACUCUGAUGUGUGUGUGAUCAGUCAUGUCCCCUCCCUUGUGUCACUCGUUCUUUCGCUUCUUCUUGAUUGUUCACCGAGUUCUUUGGACUACGGGACUGUAGUUGAUUUUGCCUGUUGUGCUGGGAAGGCAGUGUCUGUUGUAUACAAGCUUUCGUCGCACGCUACUCUUUCUUGCUGUCGUUAUUUGGACUUUCUAGCUUGCAUCGCUUUGUGUAACGGACUCGUGGUCUUGGAAUGGAUAGCUUACUUUGAUACAUGUGGUAUCAAAUGUAUCUGUCGAGAUGUAAACACUUUGUGGUUGCCAGAA